AUGGAAUAUAAGUGCAGGGUGAAGUACUAUCAUCCUAAAACGACAGGUUUCUUUGCUAUUUUAUCAAUGAAAAAGUCUCAAGCUAGUGCUUUUAUGUCCAAAGAGUUCUGCUCGCAACACUGUGAUUAUAAAAAAUUAGAAAAAUAUUCUUGGCCAAUGGGGCUUACUAUACAAGACAAGAUCCAAAUAGUAAGUUCUCCAAACUACGAGAUUGAUAUGUUAAGAAAAUUUAAUGAUUCUUACAAUGAGAGAAGGCAUAAAGUACAGGAGAAACCUAGCCCCUUCCACAUGGAAGCCCAGAACUUAGAUGGUUCGAAUUUUUCAAGUGAAGCACUAAAUAAGCUAAACGGAUAUAAAAAUAAUGAUGGUGCUAUAACUUAUUUCCUAGCUAAGAAGUUCACUCUUGCAACGAAUGAAAGCAAGACUGAAAGGAAAGAUCCAAUCGGAUCUCUAUACAUGUUUGCAGCCAGAAACCAUGAAGAACUAGGAGCUAUUUGUGAAUCAUUCAAAACCCAAUUCAAUAUCUCCUUGGACCUUGAAAAUAUACCCAGAAGGGAGAACUCUAGCCAAGAUGAGGAGAUGAACCAGUGAGAAGAUGAGAACCCAUCUCCAGGAGAGUCAUCAGAAGAGACCCAGGAAGAGCAGCCAGAUGAUGAAAUGACAUCCCUUCUGUUCCAAAUCCAGCUACAAGACAUUGGUGAAACUCUACUAAAGGAAUUCUUACUAUCAAGUUUCAAGACCUCCCUGAUUUGUUCCCAAAAGUACUGUUUAACCAAGGAAGGAUUCCUUAUCUGUAGCAAACUGUUCCAGAAGGGAAUUUUAAGCUGUAAUAAAGAUUUUCAAGGGGAAGAUAAGUACCAAAAGAUUCAUUGAAAAGAAGCCGGUGAUUUCUCAAUAGAAAGUAUCCCUGAUUCAGAUGAAAUAGAAGCAAACUUAUCGGUUAAUUUUCUGUUAUUGACCUGCAAACUCUGCUCGAAGAAUGAGAAUAUGGAAGUCGACUCAUGAGGAAAUAGUGGGAGAAAUUUCACUCGGCUGCUAGACACCUCUGUUCAAAUGCCUUUGCCUACAUUUACCAUCAUGAGCCGUGACAAGAAUAUUGAAUUUUUGUAUCAAAUUUGGGAGAAAAUUUUCACCACAAAAGUUAAAUAUCUGAUCACCGAAGUCAAAGGGGCAACUGGAGAGAUGCUGAUGCUAGACAUUGACUGAAACAAGCCAUUGAAUCCUUCUGAACCAAUUUCGAAUAAGCCAAGUCAUGAAACAGACCCUAAAAUUAAUUUGAAGAAUUUAAGAGCACCAGAAAGUAAAAAUCCUAAUGAUUUGCCAAAGGAAAAUGACAAACUCUAAAAUUACGUAUUCCUAGAAGGUCCAGAAGACUAGCUCCUCCUAAGAAGAAGGUCUUAGACAGGAUAGACCAGAACCAAAAAGAAGACGAGGAAGGAAGCACUUCACCUUCACCAGAAGCCAACUGAAUAGAAGUCCAGUGCUCUAUAGAGGUCGACCAAGAAGGAAGCUCUGAAGAACAAAUUGAUUUCAAUGAUUAUUACAAAUAAGUACUCGGAUUAUGUCAGUGAGAUGCAGAAGGAGGAAGACGAGAAGGACGAGUCCUCAGUCAAGAUCCUUCACCGCAUGAGGAUGUCUAACAACUACACUCCUGUACAGAAAGAUCUUAAUGAUUUCAAGGAUAAUUUCGAACAAGCUUGUGUGUCUAUAAAUAGGACACCUUUAUCCUUGAUGCCCUCCAACCAGAAGCCACAGCCUAUUAAAUCCAUACUUAAGAAGUUUGACCAGGAGCUGUACAUUCAUAAGGAUAUAGAAUGGAAUCAGGAUAAAUAAAUAUCUAAGAGACCCAGCAGUUACUAAGAAAGUAAUGAAAGCUCGUGAAGACCAUAUUAAGACUACGAAGGAACGAGCUAAUAAGCAGAUUGAAGAAGAACUCAAAGAUAUAGAAACAAAACAACAAGACCUUCAAGAGCAUAAAAGAAUCACGAUACUCGACGAAGACUCUGUUCACUAUAUUGAAGGAAGAGAAUGCCUUGAGAAAAUGGAAGAAGAGCUAGAAAUUGAAGAAAGACUCAAGAAUCCGCCUAAGCCACAGAAGAAAAAGAGGCGAAGGCGUAAGACUUAUUAAGACACCUUGUAAU